AGUUGCUUUGGAAGCAGAACCAGAAGCGUUGUCAUGAAAUGCCCAAUGGUGAUUGCGCCACCUAGUGGUGAAUAUAUUUACUGUGACCCCCAACUUCAUAGAGCUCCAGUGGUCCUGUCUCUGAGAGGCAAAUUGAUGGUAGUCCUGGAGGAAGCCCGUCUGGUCGAUCUCAGUGCUGAAAUGAAUGGCCCUCACGUCACAGUACAAGGCAGGAGAAAUGUUAUGACCCUAGAGACGGUGCAGGGAAAAUCAGAGCAAUUCUUGCCCGUCAAGCUGGUCAGUGGAAACUGCGCAUACAGCAUGGACGCCAGCUGCCCCAGAGAGGAAGGGGUGCGGCCCACCCUGACCAGUCCCGGUGACCUCAGAUCCUCCAAAAUCCUUGGCUGUCACGGGAGGUGGACGAUACAUUCCCCAUGAACCCAUCCAACAUGGACCGAAGGGAAAACGGCACCCCAGAAGAACAGAACUCCAUGUCUCUCAACAGCUCCACAUGGGGUCCCCUCUUAGAGAUGCACAGCCACACUGGGGAGGACAGCUACCCGCAGAUAAUAAAGAGCUCUGUGUCACCUCCCACCCUCCAAAGCGGGACGUUAAAACCGGUGUUCUCCUCUGACUGAAACAGAGCAGGAGGUUAAACCUGC